UAACACAGCUGGAAAGAAGGAUGGCGGAUGCUGGAAAUAAAGAGUCAGCGCCGAUUGGAGGAGAUGAAUUUACCAACACAGAGUUGGAGAAUAACAAGAAUAACACGAUGGUGGAGGAAGGAUCCACUCUGCUGCGGAGAAUGGAGAUCAGUGUGGCCGAGGCAGAGAAAAGAACUGGGAAAAAUACAGUGAACAUGCAAGAGAUAUUCACAGUGUACCUCAUAGAAACUCGACCCAUAGAUGCAAUAACAGAAGGCCAUAACCCAGCCCCAGACUCUCUCUGGAGGAGAUACAGUGAAUUUGAGAUUCUCCAGAACUAUUUGUUAGUCACCUAUCCAUUUAUCGUGGUGCCGCCUUUGCCAGAGAAGAGGGCAGAGUUUGUUUGGCACAAGCUGUCUGCAGACAACAUGGACCCAGACUUUGUAGAGAGGCGCAGGGUUGGUCUGGAGAACUUUCUACUUCGCGUGGCCUCCCAUUCGGUUCUGUCCAAUGACAAAAUCCUAUACCACUUCCUGACUGAGGAACACAGGUGGAAGGAGGUGGUGUAUGAGACAGGGUUCCAAGCCAAGGCAGAGUCCAGGAUUAAAGCUCUGAGCGCAACUUUCAGGGUGAAGAACCCUGACAAGCGGUUCACAGAGAUGAAACACUACAGCGAUGAGCUUCAGUCUCUCACCUCCCAGCUGCUCAGAGUCAGAGCAAGAGUAGCAGACAGGCUCUAUGGCGUAUACAAAGUCCAUGGGAACUACGGAAGAGUAUUCAGUGAGUGGAGUGCCUUAGAGAAGGAGAUGGGAGAUGGUCUACAGAGUGCUGGACACCAUAUGGAUGCCUAUGCUGCCUCAGUAGAUGAUAUGUUGGAGGAAGAGGAGCACUACGCAGACCAACUGAAGGAAUACCUUUUCUAUGCUGAAGCCUUAAGGGCUGUGUGUAGGAAACACGAGCUGACCCAGUAUGAGCUGGAGACGGCCUCCUCAGACCUCAUCUCCAAGAAGCAGCAACGGGAGGAGCUGGCCACUGGGAUGGUACGGACGUUCUCCUUCAAAGGAAUGACCAACAAGCUGUUUGGUCAGGAGACACCAGAGCAGAGGGAGGCUAAACUCAGCCUACUAGAGGAGCAGAUUGUCCAGGGAGAGGAGACGGUCACAGAGAAAACAGUGGAGUGCGAGGAGUACGUGAAGGGUGCGUGGGUGGACAUGCAGCGCUUCAAGGAGCAGAAGGACAGGGAUCUGAGGGAGGCUCUGAUUGGCUACGCCGUCAUGCAGAUCAGCAUGUGUAAGAAGGGCAUUCAAGUGUGGACCAAUGCUAAGGAAUGUUUCCACAAGAUGUAAGGGGGUCGGGCCGUGGGUCAGCGACAACGUCUAUGGUACGAGUGUACAACAACUUCACCUUUUGACCUUCACAUGGAAACAGAACCACUGUUGUCACGGCAACAAGCCCCAGCUGACAUAAAGUUACAGGGCUGCAUCUCAGUACUCAGUCCAAUACUGGCUGCAUCUCAGUACUCAGUCCAAUACUGGCUGCAUCUCAGUACUCAGUCCAAUACUGGCUGCAUCUCAGUACUCAGUCCAAUACUGGCUGCAUCUCAGUACUCAGUCCAAUACUGGCUGCAUCUCAGUACUCAGUCCAAUACUGGCUGCAUCUCAGUACUCAGUCCAAUACUGGCUGCAUCUCAGUACUCAGUCCAAUACUGGCUGUGUCUCAGUACUCAGUCCAAUACUGGCUGCAUCUCAGUACUCAGUCCAAUACUGGCUGUGU